AUGGACGCCGCUCACCGGCGCAGCAUCUCCACCCGGUCUUUGGUCGUGGCCAGGAGACACCUCACGCGCCCCGCGGCCAGUGACCGCACGGUCGCCCUGUCGUCCUGCGCCACCCCGCUCCGCCCGAGGGCACGCCCCACCCUGAGCGCGUGCGCCCCCGUCGACGCCACCGCCUCCACCAACCGCCGCUCCACCACCAUCGCCCCAUCCCGCCUUGCCAAUGACGCGGCCCGGCAAAGCCGUUAUAGCUUCGCACGCUCGCUCCGCUCGACGCUUGCUCGCAUCGCUUGUCUCGCCCUCGCCUGCCGCGCCACUCUCCCUCCUCUGUCCGCCAAUGGCACCACCGCCAUUAAUGGUCGCCGCAGCGCCCUGACGCCCUCUGGUCCCAUCCGCCAGCGCCGCGACUUCGUCUCGCUCGCCGCUCCACCCCGGCCCUAUAAAUGGAGGCCCGACGCCGCCUGUGCCCCCUUCCCUGCUUGCCCUCGAACCUCGCUGCGCUCCCCUGCUCUCGCUCUCAGCUCCGCCGCACACCCUCUCCAUGGAGCUCCCCCUUCCGUACUGCCUCGCACCUCGCUGACACCACCACCAGCUUCACCGCCACCUCACGAAGCUCAGGCGCUCGCCGGUCGCCGCCUCCAGGCCCCUACGCUGUCGGAACCCCCGCCGCCCAACGCCGUCCUUGCCGCUCGUCGCCCGUCGCCGUUCCGCCCCCGCCCGACCUUAUCCACGCUCCCAACCGCCGCCAAGUAA